GACGGACGGGUUGGUGCUAGGAAGUGACUGAGCCCGCCCUAAACGGACAAAAUAGACGAAAAGGUCCACCACCGGCAUUUUGUGAGGCUGCUCCUCUGUGACAGUGGCCACAGCAGAGCAGCGGGAGGGUUGCAGACACCCAGGCUAAGUCUGUCCUUACCAGGCAGUGCGAGGCAGGCCUCCUCUUCCUGGUAGGAAGGAGAAUCUGCUCGGUCCACUUUGUGAUGACUGCCUUGGUUACCAUCUUUCUGGGAGCAAUCUGUUUAGCGAUUUGGGGCCAGUACCCAGCUCUCCUGUCCAGCCAAUUCUACUCCGAGGCCCAGCAACCACAGCAGAACCUGUCCAGUGUUCUUCCUAAGACAGAAAAUGAAACAGGGAUUGAUAAGUGGAACCAUGCACAGAGCUCUGAGGGCGACUUCAUCAUCCUGGAAAAGUCAUCACCUCAUUACAAGGAGAGGAGAGCUGUGUUUUGGAGCCAGACCUGCCCAUCCCCUUUCACAUGGAAGCCAGGUGUAUUCCCUGGAAACUGCUGGGCUUUUGAAGGUAAUCAAGGCCACAUGGUGAUCAGACUGAUUGCUCUUGUGAAGUUAACCCACAUCACCCUGCAGCAUCCUUCACCCACCAUGACACACACCAGAGGAACCACACACACCAGAAGAACCACCAGUGCACCUCGAGAAUUGGAAAUCUUUGGUCUCCAAGCAAAUAACACUGAAGUGUUCUUGGGAAAAUUCAUCUUUGAUGUGCAGAAAUCUGAAGUCGAGACGUUCCAUCUUCAGAAUGACCCUCCAUCUGCCUUCUCCAAGGUGAAGAUUCAGGUUCUAAGCAACUGGGGCAAUCGCUACAUCACAAUUUUACAUAAAAUCUACCUCUAUGGCGUGCAGUUCCCAGAGUUGGCCGAUGAUAAUGCCAUGGAGGUCACAGGGGAACCCCAUUAAAAAUGCUGGUGGUUGGA